AUGGGACAACAUUACAAGGAAGUCGCAGCCAUAGCACUCAAGCGUCGCGCAGAUGCCAUUCCAAAAGAAUAUUUCCUCCCAGAAACAGCUCUCACCAAUCUCCCUCUCAAUUUAACCACGAUCCCGAGGAGCUCAGGACAUUUCACACCAGCUGAGCUUGAAAUCAUUGAGGCGGAUGCCGAGGAAAUCUUGCUGAAAAUUAAAGAGAAGAAAUGGACUUCUUUGGCUGUUACGAAGGCGUUUUGUAAAGCGUCGAUUGUGGCACAGCAGUUGACCAAUUGCUUGACGGAGAUCCUGUUUCCCGAAGCUAUUGCCCGUGCGAAAUCUCUAGAUGAGCAUUUAGAGAAGACAGGCCAGGUGGUCGGGGCUCUCCAUGGUCUUCCUAUCUCCUUGAAGGAUUGCAUGAUUACUCCUCCGCAUCCUUCAUCAAUUGGAAUGGCAUGCUACGCAAAUGAAGCAACAGAUGAGGAGACUGUUCUUGUUAGUGUUUUGGCAAAGCUUGGUGCGGUAUUUUAUGUGAAGACUAAUGUGCCGACUGCUAUGAUGAUGAUGGAGACUAUCAAUGUUAUUUGGGGUGAGACGAAUGGUGCUUAUCAUAGUGGUACGAGCUGUGGUGGGAGCAGUGGUGGUGAAGGUGCGCUUUUGGCUAUGAGAGGGAGUCCGCUGGGAAUUGGUACGGAUAUCGGAGGCAGUAUUCGCAUUCCAGGUGCUUUCAAUGGACUUUAUGGACUGAAGCCUACUUUUGGUCGUUUCCCAGUCUAUGGAACGAAAUCCGGUAUCACAGGACAAGAUUUCAUUUAUUCCAACAACGGACCCAUGUCCAGAUCAAUCGAGACUUUGAGACUCUACUGCAGAGCUGUUCUCUCAACUGAGAUCUCACCCUGGAACCUCGAUCCGAAGUGUAUCGCUGUUCCAUGGAGAGAAGAAGUAAUCCAACCCAAGGGACGCAAACUGCGAUUCGGCAUAGUCUUUGAGCACGAUGGCGAGAUCCAUGUCCAACCACCCAUCAGUCGCGGUCUUGACAUAACCAAGAAAGCUCUGGAAGCAGCUGGCCACGAAGUCUUCGAGUGGGAGCCUCUGAACCACCCAGCAAUGGCGGACGAAAUGAACCGCUCAUUCCACACUUUAGGCGCAGCAGCCAUUCUGGAUUUGACACUGCAAAAUGAAGAACCAGUCUACCCAUCUAUGAAGAACUACGAGGCGACAUACCAGAAGGGGGAGCAUGGUACUCUUGGUCCUACGAAGCUGCGAGAGAUGAUCAUCAAGAGGAAUGCGUACCAGAAAGCGUAUCUCGACAAGUGGAAUUCGACGGCUAAAGAUGGUAAAGACGUCAUGGAUGGGAUUAUCAUCGCGGCAUCGCCAUGGACAGCGCCGAGGUUGGGGUUGACACAAGAGAUUUUCUGUGUCAAUUAUACGGGAGUUUUUAACGUUCUUGAUUACCCGGCCUGUACUUUCCCCGUUACGUUUGCAGAUAAGAAUAUCGAUAACCCAAGGAAAGAUUGGAAGCCUUUGAAUGAGCUUGAUGGAAAGAUUCAGGCAGAUUAUGAUCCAGAGUUUUAUCAUGGAACGCCCGUUGCGUUGCAGUGUGUUGGCAGGCGAUUGGAAGACGAGAAAGUAUUAGAGAUGACUGCUGUUAUUGCUGAGGCUUUGAAAGCGCACUCUUCUUGA